AUGGACUUCUCCAUGAUUGCUGUUGGAGACGUGCAAAAUGUGCUUUCAGCCAUGCAAAAGAACUUGGAGUGUCCAAUCUGUUUGGAUGUUGUAGAAGAGCCAGUUUCAACAAAAUGUGAUCACGUAUUCUGCAGGUUCUGCAUGUUCCAACUCCUCAGCAAAAAGAAAAAAGGUGUGAUACAGUGUCCUCUGUGCAAGACUGAAGUUACCAAGAGAAGUCUGAAAGAAAAUUCCAGAUUUAAGCAACUAAUUGAAGGAUUGUUGGAAACUAUCCAUGCGUUUGAGCUUGACACUGGAAUAAAGUUUUUAAACAGUCGUCACUUUCCUAAAACAUCCGCAGAAGCCAUUGCUGCUGAGUUGCUGUGUAAAGAAAGUUCUGUCAUCCAAAGUAAGGGCUUCAGAAACAGGAAAAAAAGUGCUACAGAAAAUGGGCAAGAAAACUGCACCUUGGCUUUUUACAUUUUUAGUGAUACCAGGGUCAAAAGGUGUCCCCUAAGAAACAAAACCCAGAAAUGCGACUCCAAAAAAGGGAUUUAUAUUGAGUUUGGCUCUGAUUCAUCUGAAGAGCUUUUUAAACAGGCAAGCAAUGCUGGAUUAAAAGGCAAAGAAGAGCUUCAGAUUUCAUCUCAAGAAAAGCUAGAAGAACUUAAGAAUGCUGAGAAGGGGACUGAAUAUUCUUGCAAUACACAGCCUGACAAGCUGAGUACUAAAGAAGUAAUUCUACCAAGUGUCAUAGGUGAAAGUGAUUUCUUGAAGGAAGACUUGAGCAAGAAAAGCACUCAGAGCAUCACUGAAAGUGCCAAACCUGGGCAAGUGAAUAUGACUGAAUACCAGAGUUCUCCUUUAAAUGUUCUUGCUGCAGACCUACUCACAGAGCAAUGUGACAGAAUAGGUAAUGCCAGUCCCUUAAGGAAUGGAACUCAGUGCAAUAGUAAAAGCAAAGAGUUUGACUUAAAAGAUAGCUUAGAGAGCAGGUUGGAUAAAAGCAAGGAAAUAGAUAUUUUUGUACAAAGUGUGGAAGCUGCGGAAAUGUAUGAACCCGAGAAUGAUUCUUUCCAUGAAAAAGAACUUCCUCUGGAGGAACUACUUCAGCCAGAGACACUUCACUGUGCUACCCUGAAUCAAGUCUCUAGGAAGAGACUGAAGCGAAGCAUUCAGAAAGUCAAUGAAUGGUUUUCAAAAAGCAAUGAGAUUCUGUCUUCCAAUUCUUCCCAGCAUGAUUCUACUGGAGCAACUGAUGUUUCAAGUGAAGGAGAUACAUGUUUAUCAGAUAAAGAUUCCUGUAUUUCAGAAAAAACUGACCCUAUGGUAGAUUCCAUGGAAAUUGCAGUGGUUGAAGGAAACAAGAGAAGAUUAAAACAAACAGCAGAUAGCAUUAAAGACAAAAUAUUUGGGAAAACAUACAAGAGAGAGAGGAAGUCAAAUUUCUCUAAUACCUUGAGAGAAAUUUUACCUAUUACAAAAAGGGAAGAUGUAGCUGUUGAUGACAAGUGCUUGAAUAAUUCCAGCAAAGAUGGACUAAAACGAAAAAGGAAGGCUGCCCAUGUGCUGCAACCUGAGGAUUUCAUCAAGAAAAAAGAUACAGAGGAGGCAGAUGGGUGCCCUCAAAGUGUUAACUGGUGCCUUGGAGAAGCUGAAAAAAAAAGAUUUGAUGAAAGUUCUGCUGUUAAUGAGAGUCACCUCUCUGACAAGCCCUGUGAUGGGGAGCUAGAACUGAACAACUGUGACCAGAAAAGCACUAAAAAAAGUUCUGCAGCAAAAAGAUGCAGGCAUUCUACUAGAACCAUGUGUGCUCUACAGUUAGUGGUAGACAGAAACUCUGUUUCCCCUGAUCCAGCUGAGCCACAGAUCGAUAGCUAUCCAAGCAGCGAAGAACCAAGGAAAGUUGAUUCUGAGCAAAGACAAGUCAGGCGCAGCAGACGCCUUCAGCUACUUUCUGAAAUGACAAAACAAACAGGAAAAGGAGUAGUAACUAAAGGAGCAAGAAAGUAUGGCAGUGAUCAUGAAGGGUCUGUCUCUGGAGUCCAAAGGAAUCUGCUAGUUCACGCUUCUGAACGCGAAGACCUGUGUGAGUCCCACAGUGUGUUGACUUACGAGCCACUCACUAAUCUGAAGGGUGGUGAUCUAGAAGCAAACGAAAUGCAGAUUAGUCUAAAGAAUUCAGCUCAUGCUGCAGAAACUGGAAGUCUCUUCAAUCCUACUUCUUCAUGUCAGCAUUCAAAUUGUCUUUCCUUUGCACCUGAUGCAGGUGCUCAAGAAGGUGAAAUACCAGGUAGCCCUUUCCUCCGACAGUCUCCUUCAAUGACUGUUGUGCAAAUAGCUUCCCACCCAACUGAAGAGGUGAUUGAAUCAUGUACUACUUUUCCCCAGGAUAGUGGACGUGAUACACAAAAUGUUCCAGGGGACUUCAGAACUGAAAAGUUGCCAGCAGCUAAAAAUGUUUCGGAAUUGACUAAGGAAGCUGAAGACAGUGAGUUAGACACACAGUAUCUGCGAAAUAUAUUUAGGCAUUCAAAACGCCUGUCAUUUAGCCUUUAUCCUACUCCCAUGAAGGCAUGUGCAGUAGAAGAUGCUGCUUCUGAAGCUUUAAAGAUACCGUGUGCUGAUCAGGUAGAGAAUAAGCAUAGCAGGUAUUUAAAAACAGAAGACUUGCAAGAAGAGAAAACAACUGCUGAAAGCUUGAGUCGGGUUUGCGAGAAAGAGAAGCGUAAGAGCUAUGAGUCUGCUUGUGUUAGUCCUGUGACUUGCCUUGUUGGCAACACCGAAUGUGUGCGUACAGGGGAACACCCAGAAGAUAUUCCACACGUUGCAAAUCAGGGGAAUCUGACACCAAUAAGAAUGGGUACUGCUAGGACAGAAGACAAAAACAGAUCACAAAAAGGAGAGCAGGGAAACGAAAAGACACUGUCAACUGAUGACAUAGGGGGGAUAGCAAGCAAGUUGAGACAGAAUCCAAUCAAAAGUAGUAGAAGCCAAAGUGAUCAGAGUCAUACAGAAGAGCACAUUUUCAAAAGAACUGAUUUAAACACAGUUGAUGAAAUAUGCUUCAGUUCAGAAAGCAAUCAAGUAGGAAAGGCCAAAGUUGUUGACAGCAAAGGACCAAUAUUACAUUUUCAGUCCAGAUCAAUGAUUUGUCGUGCAGCUUGUCAGCAAAGGCCUGCUGAAUUCAGCUGUGAUGUCAUUGGGAAAAAAUGUAACAAAAGAAAACAAGUGAAGGGGAAUGAAGGACAAGCGACCCAAACUGCUAGCACAGGGAUGCCUGAGUGUUUAGUUACAGAGGCUCAAGAAGAACCUCUUAAAGGCAACAGUGACUUUACAGGUUUGUCUGAAACCCCUGAUGGCUUACUGUGCUCUGAUGAUGAUAUUGAAGAGAACAAUAGCUUUUCUGAAACUGAUAGGAGAGAGAGAUCUGCUGUGUUUGUAAAACGAAGUGACAAUGCCCCGGUGAAAGAAAUACACAAUAGAAAUGUAUGUUCUAAGCCAAGAUCUCAAGGUUUUCAAAGAUCUCGAAGAAGAGCACAGAAACUGCAAUCUUCAGAUGAAGAAUCUAGUGAGGAUGAAGAUUUACCGUGUUUUCAGACAUUGAUAUUUGGCAAAUCAGUAAGCACACCUUUGCAGAUCCAUAAGCAAGUGACUUCUGUGGUAGAGUCUUCCGUAAGUCCCAUCACAUUGCCUCACAGUGGCAGUCAUGACGACAAUAAUAUGCAGAAAAUGUCUGAAGCUGCCCUAAGUAAUGAGUGUGUUUCACCAAGCCAGGAGUCAGAAUUCUCCGUCAACUUGUUUUCUUCCCAGUCCCACAUGUCUGAAGAAUCAGUUGCUGGAGCACAAGAGCUGAAUAAACCUUUAAUUCAAGUUCAUACAUCCAAACAAGUGAGCAAUGUGAUUGAGAGUAAAGAAACUUUUCAAAGUUGUAAUGAAGGGCUGGAGAGAAGCAGAACUAACUUCAAAGAUGAAUGCCAAGAAGACCCAAACAUGGGAGCAAACCUAGGUGAAGCAUCUGAAUAUGACAGUGAAACAAGUAAUGUAGAGGAUUCAUGUGGAGCCUUCUCUCAGGGUGAAAUCCUUACUACACAGCAGAAGAAUGCUAUGCAAAAUAACCUAAAAAAACUUCAGCAAGAAAUGGCUGUACUUGAAGCAGUGCUAAAGCAGCAUGGAAGUCAGGACUGUGAAUUUUUACCAAUCCAUGGGAAACUGCCACAUUCCAGUAGUGAAGGAACACUUGGAAUGGAACAAAUGAGACAAGGAAGAGAAAAUGCAGAUGAGCAGAAAUCUGGGACCAGGCUAAAUGGUGCAUCUGUCUUAUCAAAUCUCUCUGGAAAUGUGACCAGGAAUCCAAAUAAUUCUUCCUCAUCUUUAAGGCUUCUUAACCCUGAAACUGCAGAAGCAACAAAUAGCUCUGUUGUAGCUCAGAACGCUAAGAAAAGCUGUGCUGAAGAAUGUAAAUCGGAGAGAAGUGGGUCUUUUCCUCUAUCUGUUCUGCACAGUGCAGCUGGGAAAGAAAAUGCUACAAGUCCUGUUGGGACUAAAAGGAAAGAAAUGUCAAUUGUUGCAUCAGGUCUGAAUCAAAGUGAACAUUUGGUGAUCCAGAAGUUUGCAAGAAAAACUCAGAGCACUUUAUCUAAUCACAUUACUGAAGGAACAACCCACGUCAUAAUGAAAACAGAUAAGGACCUGGUCUGUGAACGGACACUGAAGUACUUCCUGGGUAUUGCAGGAAGAAAAUGGGUAGUUAGUUAUCAGUGGGUAAUUCAGUCUUUCAGAGAAGGAAGGAUACUGGAUGAGGAGAACUUUGAAGUUAGAGGAGAUGUAAUCAAUGGGAGAAACCACCAAGGUCCUAAGAGGGCUAGACAGUCUCUGACUGAAAAGAUUUUUAAAGACUUCGAGAUCUGUUGCUAUGGACCUUUCACUGAUAUGACUACAGAACAUCUAGAAUGGAUGGUGGAGCUUUGUGGUGCCUCUGUAGUGAAGCAACUUCAUCUGUUCACACACAAAACAAAUUCUACUGCUGUUGUGGUUGUCCAGCCAGAUGCUUGGAUGGAAAACACAGAUUAUAGAGCAAUCCAGCACAAGAACAGUGUUGCCACGGUGACUCGAGAGUGGGUGUUGGACAGUGUUGCUUGCUAUGAGUGCCAGGAGUUGGCUGCUUACCUGGUGUCCUGA